CUUUUUAUACACUUCAAACCGGAUACUGUCGAUAGUUCAAUCGAGUCUGUAUCGUAAGAACAAUGCAGCUUCAUCGCAGAAUAUUGAUUUACACACUCGGAUUUCUUCUUAUAACCACGAUUGAGUCGUACGACGAUGCCACAGGAUAUUCGUCGCCUCUGGAGAGAAAAUUGACGUUAAAAUUGAAAACGGCAGCAAGGCUGAAGCACAAUUUCGGGAAAGUCCUGCACGAGUUACCGGUACUGAAUUACGAAUUUUAUCACUCCGUAAAGACCAUCGGAAAUUAUCUCGGAAAUGGAGGAUCAUUGAUCGAGUGUCUUGAAAUUUUACCGUCUGUGAUGUAUGCAUCUAUCAAAGAGCAAAUGGGCAUUAUUCUAGGAUCCAUGGAAAACAAUUUGCCUAAGUAUCUUAUACCAACGAUAUCGUUGCUCAAACGAUCCUUCCUGGAAGGUGUUUUGGAUGCUAAUGAAAUCUAUAGGCCCAAUUGGGGGCCUCUGAAAAGCGACCUGUUGGAAAAAAUCCCUCUGAAAGAAUUGCAGGAAGCAGUUGCGCCUUUGAAUUAUCGCGAGCCUAUCAAGGGUUUUAAAGGACCUUGGCCAAAAUUAAUCGGCGAAACAGCAUCGUUAAUAAAUGAUAAAAUCAUCCCUUCGCGUCGAGAACUAAUUGCAUAUAUAUUGUUGAAUCUGAGGAUACCCGACGCAACGGCGGAAAUCAGGGAAUCGGUUGCGCAUCUCGUCGAAUAUUUACAACAGGAUAGCGAGCGUGAAUUAUUCGACUUCAAGACAUUCUCUGAUCCGUACGAAUUAGUGGCCAAUACCAUUUCAAGUCUGCCUUUGAGGAACGAGACGCUAAUAGCUGCAAACAUCCUUCUACCGUUUCUGAAGAAGCCCGCGGUAUGUCAAAGGAUAUCCGAGCUGGACCAUUACUUUCGCAACAACGUUUUUAAUUAUACUCUCCUACUAUCUCGGGAGAGGAUAAUUUCUAAAACAAGAGCUGGUUCAGCGCUUAUGUUCGUGCUGGAGCAAAACAGCGCAGAAGUGCAGGAUAUCGUGAAACAAUUCUCUCCUUUCGAACAUGUAGCCUGGAAGAAUCUUUUGUUAGCUUUCAUUAGUCAACUUAGGCGUCAUCGAAGCCAUCUGAGCAAGGUGUCCGACGUAGUAGAUAAUAUUUAUGGUGAACUUGUAUUGAGAAACGUCCGGAAACGUUGGCGACUCUUGAGAAACCAAGUGAUCGCAAAGACGGUUUUUUCUGCUGUAGGAAGUAGAGAGAGCUCUGCCAGGAUUCAAAGACUUCUCGCGGACGUAGGUUUGAACAAAGACAUUCGGCCGACAAACUGGCGCAAGGCUCUUACUUUCGCCUCAGAUGAUGACAUCGGCGGACCGAUAAACGCUACACUGAAGACGCUGAAAGCUCUAUUAGCUUCGAGAAUUCUCUCGUCUGAUAUCUUGAAGGCAAACGUCGCUGAGUUGGUAGAUGUGUACGAUAAUAGGCUCGAACGGUCCAAGUGCGGCGGUCGAUUGGAAAGCUAUCUAACUAAUUUAACUCAUACGGGAAUGAGAAUCGAUGAAAGUGUAAAAAUUGCAAGCAUAGAUGUCAAAGAUCUUCUCCAGGCUCUGCGUGACCUGGACAUCUAUACUGACGAGUAUAAAAGCUUGCAAAGCUUCUUGUCACGGGACGACCUGGAGAUGAAGAUAGGAAAGGUGAAUGUGAAUGCAUAUCCUACUAGGGGUAGAUUGUUGUAUCAGUUGCUGCAGAUGUUGGAACACGCCAUUAACGUAGACAACGAUUUACGUUACCUGGCUAAGCAAUUCAUCGAUAACGUGGCUUACGAUGGCUACGGCGCCGGUAUUCUGUCGUUACGCUCUACCUUAGUUUGAGAGUAUGUUUGAUGAGCAUGUUUUGUGUUAUGAUAACUGAGAAUGUUAUUUUAUCAUACGGUAUAUCUUUUCUAAUUA